AAAAAAAACAUCACUAACCGAAAACGCAAGAACUUUCUAGAAGCAAAGCACGAGCAUUGAGAGCAGGGCCAAUGGCAAGCGACAAGAGUUUUACUGACAGCUUCAUAGACGCGGACCCAACACAAGCUCUUAAGGAGCUGAAUGAGGCUUUGGGUGAUACGGCUGAUAACGCAGAAUGGCUGUGUCAACGAGCGUAUGCACACAUCCUGCUCAAAGACUAUACCAGAGCAGUUGAUGAUGCUAAGAAAGCACAGCAGCUUCAGCCUGGUAUGGCCCUGGCAUUCCUGAGGACAGGAAUUGCAGAAUAUCAUCUGAACAACAUCAGUGCCGCACACCAGGCUUUCACAGCUGGAAAAGGACUUGAAGGUGCUAAUGAAGCCUUUUCAACCUGGAUCAAGAAUUGUGAAGAGAAAAUGGCAACACAAAACCAAAAUGGAACCUCAAAUGCGCAAACUGCAGCUCCACAUGUCAAACAUGACUGGUACCAGACAGAAUCUCAAGUUACCAUCACCCUAAUGGUAAAAAACAUCAAGAAAGAAGAUGUUCGUGUCUCAUUCCAGGAAAAGGAGUUAAAAGCAGUGGUGAAACUACCAUCUGGUGAGGAUUACUGCCUACAUAUCCAACUUCUACAUCCUGUGGUUCCUGAGCAGAGCACAUACAGGGUCUUCUCCACCAAGGUUGAAAUAAAAAUGAAGAAGACAGAAGCCCUCCGGUGGGAGAAGCUGGAAGGCGAAGGCAUCCUCCCUAACGUGAAGCACUUUUCUCCCUCUCCGAACCAAUACCCAUCAUCCUCCCACUACACCCGCAACUGGGACAAGUUGGUGGUUGAUAUUAAGGAGGAAGAGAAGAAUGAGAAGCUAGAGGGAGAUGCAGCACUGAAUAAGCUGUUCCAGGAGAUCUACUGUGACGGCUCGGAUGAGGUCAAGAGAGCCAUGAACAAAUCCUUUAUGGAAUCAGGAGGCACCGUUCUCAGUACUAACUGGACAGACGUGGGCAAACGAAAAGUAGACGUUAAUCCCCCUGAUGAUAUGGAGUAUAAGCAAUAUUGAAGGAACUUGGCAUGAUCAUAUCACCAGACAUACAGUUCCAUCAUCAGCUCACAACCCUGGGCUUCGCUUCAUUAUCUUUACAUUAUGUCCUCUUCACAUUUGACUUCAAACCUUCAGACCUAAGUGCGUAAUCACAAGCUGGGGCAAACAGUUGCAGAGAGCACUUGUUUAUUGCUCGUAAAUAUUCACUGGUGGCACUGAAGAUUGGUCUAGGAUGAAAGUCCAUCUGUGUCUAAGAACCACCCCUCGAUGUUUUAGCCUUAUAAUGCACAUGUACGUUUUCUUUGCCCCUAUUUUGUUUUUGUUUUUUUAAAGCAGUCUGUGAAUGGAGACUGACUGUCUCAAACAUAAUCUCUCUGACAUUUUUUCACCUUUUUGAGUAUCACUCGUCACCUGUUAAGCAGACAUGGAUCAGUACACAUUUCGGCAAUUUUUACAAUGUAUUACAGAAGUUGUUUUUUUCCCCCUUGAAUAUUAAAACACAUUGUAAAUAAAUUUUUCUCUUGGUCUGGAAAUAUAAGUUCUCUAUUUUUUUUCUAUAUUCAAAAUGGUUUAUUAAGCCUUACACAGAGAAGUUCUGUCUUCUGUCACCCUUGGAAUAUUUGAUGCAAAGCUUUCAUGAAGGGCCUAAAUGAUGUUUGGUUCAUAAAGCAAUUGCUUUCCACAUUUGGUUAAAAAAAGAAAAAUAAUAAAUAGAUUUGUUUGCUUUG